GUCGAGCCUCACCGCAGCGAUUGCAGAUCUUCUAUGUCAGAUAGGAAGGAGUACGAGACACGGGGGGGUCCAACACACAUAUAGCCUGUGAAGGAGGAGGGGUGAAGAUCCCCAGCGACAGAAGAAAAAGAUACCCGAUGUAACUCCGACUGACUCUUGUUUUUUCCCCAACUUGAGCCCAACAAGCGCUGGCUGCAGAUGCAACCUGUCACUCAUCCCGUCCGUGCCAGUAAUCCUUAUCUUAUUGCAGCGUUUUCUCUGAAGGUUCUACAGGCAGAGGGGACUACAAUGACAACCUGGUGAAUGCAGUCGGGAUGGAGUGAAAAAACACCCACAACGACGCAGGAUGCGCAUCCCCAGCCCGACAAGGAAGAAGGUAGAGAAACCUGCCUGCUUUUCUGGUGGCGCAUGUCUGAGAUUUUCCGCGGUGCUGUGGAUUGAACGUUUCCUUCAUCACCAUCCUGCUGCCGGUGUCGGUGUAUAAUGGAGAGCUCCAAUGGCUCUGGCAGCGACAUCAAACCGCAGAGCCAACAAUUGGAGAAGAAGAGACUAAACCGAGCGCCUUCCCCAGCGAGACCUUUCAUGAAAGAUGUGCACUCCCGCUCCACCAAACCACCUGCCAUCGUCCCCAAAUCCCCCAAACUCAGCAAGCAGCAGCCUACCACAGUGUCUUUAGCUCACCCGAACCGCAGCUCCAGACGCAGUGCAACCGGGACGAAAGAGAAAGCAGCCACGGUGAAAAGUAGCACCAAGUCUACCGUGGCGAAAAAGCCGACAAAGGUGCCCCAGCAUGCAGCAGCUGAGCCCAAAGCAGCCAGCAUCAAGCCGGACACCACCGGCAGUCCGAUCUUUACCAAAGGUAAGAAGGGGAAAAUAGCCUCGGGCUCUCCGAGCCCUCUCAACCAUGGAUCCCCGAUUCGUGUACCGACCGGAGCGCCUCUCGGUCGGGUCAGCCAGACCGACAGUAGCUCAGAUCUGUCAGACUGCCCGUCCGAACCGCUGUCGGACGAGCAGAGGGCGGUACCGGCCGCUAGUAGUGACGCCGAGUCCGGUACCGGCUCCAGCGACCGGGAUCAGCUGGUGUCUGAUAAUCCUCUGCGGACAGAAGUGACCGGAGCGACAGCUGCUACUCCGCUGCGCACAAGCGAGGCUUCCGCCGCCAAAGGAAGCAUGUCUCAGGCUCAGCGCGCUCCGGAGUCGCACGGAGACAAACACAAACCGGAGAAACCCUCCACAAGCGCACAAUUCAAACUGCCAGGCACCAAGGAUGUGACGGAGGAAGACUUGCAGCGGGAAAUAGAAGAUUUGAGAUCUGAAAAUGACUACCUCAAGGAUGAAGUGGACGAGCUGCGGGCGGAGAUGGAGGAGGUGCGAGACAGCUACCUGGAGGAGGAGGUCUACCAGCUGCAGGAGCUGCGGAGGGAACUGGACCGCUCUAACAAAAACUGCCGCAUCCUGCAAUACCGCCUGCGAAAGGCCGAGCAGAAGAGCUUGCGGGUCGCUCAGACCGGACAUGUGGACGGAGAGCUGCUGCGAAGUCUGGAACAGGAUCUGAAGGUCGCCAAAGACGUAUCGGUGCGUUUGCACAACGAGCUGGAGAGCGUGGAGGACAAACGCAGUCGGGCGGAGGACGAGAACGAGACGCUCAGGCAGAAGAUCAUCGAGGUGGAGAUUUCCAAGCAGGCGCUGCACAACGAGCUGGAGAGGACCAAAGAGACCACAAUGAGGCGACGAGGAAGCAGGGAAGCUUUUAAAGACAAGAAAUCCACAAGCCAGGAGGACAGCGCAGACCUCCGGUGCCAGCUCCAGUUUGCCAAAGAGGAGUCAAGCCUGAUGAGGAAGAAGAUGGCAAAACUUGGUCGGGAAAAGGAUGAACUCGAACAGGAGCUUGAGAAGUACAAAUCCAUUUACGGGGACAUCGACAGUCCUCUUCCUCUUACGGAGUGCUCUGGCGGCGGCCCCCAUACGACACGAGAGGCUGAACUACGAUUGCGUCUCAAGCUGGUGGAGGAGGAAGCUAACAUUCUGGGAAGAAAGAUCGUUGAGUUAGAGGUGGAAAACCGUAGUUUACGAGCAGAAAACGAAGAUAUCCGCAGUCAGUAUGAAAGGGACUGCUUUGGGCGGGAGCCUUUCUCCAGUAUGCCCUCAUCGCCAUAUGGCGGUGAUGCGCUGGAGUCGGCCAGUGAGCUACGUCGCCAUCUCCAGUUUGUUGAAGAGGAGGCUGAGCUGCUGCGACGCUCUAUCUCAGAGAUUGAGGAUCAUAACAGGCAGCUAACAUCUGAACUCAAUCGCUUCAAGUUUGGCCCCAGCAGCAGCUCUGGGCCUCUUGGGGAGGAAGGCAAUGAGGGGGGAUUGUUUAAACCUGGCAAUGGGGGAAGCGGGAACGGGAGCGGCAUAAUGGUGGAGGAGCUUAAAUCAGCCAGGAUGCAGAUAAACGAGCUGAGUGGAAAGGUCAUGAAGCUUCAGUAUGAGAAUCGUGUCCUUAUGUCCAACGUCCAGCGCUGUGACCUGGCUGCACACCUUGGCCUGCGCACUGGUAGCCCUCGAGACAGCGAUGCAGAAAGUGAUGCGGGACGGCGGGAAGCCACCGAGGACGAGGAGGCAGGAAGACUUCUUCUCCUCCAGCCCAAGAGGGAGGGCCCUAUUGGAGGGGAGAGUGAUUCUGAAGAUUUAUUUGAGAAAACAGCAACCACCUCAGGGUUAGGCAGCAUCAAACCUUCAGACGGCAGCGACCUCAGCGCCACUGAGCUAGCUAAUCGCAGAAGGGAAGAGCGGGAGUCUUUCGCUAAUGUGAAGCGCGAGGCUGACAGACUCGGGAAGUCAGUGGACCGUCUGAUCACGGACACUGACAGUCUGGUCUUUGAAGGAAGGCUGAUUGUGACAACAGGAGAGAGCUCUGAAGACAGUGCAACAUCUGGAUCCAAACCAGACACUCAAAUCCUGGACACCAUCAAUACGCGCAUGAAAGCUUUCCGCACUGAGUUACACAUAUUCAUGGAGAAACUGGACCACAUAGGGGAGGGGCUUAGAGAAAGAACAGAUGAUCUGUCACCAAUGCCAACUCUGACAGAGUCAAACAGCUUCUUGUCCACAGUCACUUCCAUGUCCCGCGACUCUCCCAUUGGCACCUUUGGAAGAGACCUAGUGACAGACUUCCAGUCCGUUCAGAGGGAUGAGCUGGAGUGGCGUCUAGGACAGGAGCGAGGCGUGGAGCCCCAGCCCCAGAGCCAGAGCCAGGGUGGGGGCCAGGCCCAGAGCAGGGGAGCCACAGGACUCACUAGGUACCACAGGCCCCUGGCUUUAAGAAUAGAGCUCCGGGAAACGCCUGCUUCUGACGUCCAGCUUCGUCUGGAUCACGAACGAAGGACGAGAGCAACAGCAGAGGAGCGGGAAGCUGUCGGGACGCUGCCUCAGCAGGAGGACGAGCGUUUGCAUUUGGAGGGGCAGCAUGAAGGUUUGGAGUUUCAGGGCCUUCAGAGUCAUGAGGUGUCCUGGACUCAGGAGAAAGACAUGCUUCAACAAGAGGUCCGCCUCUUCAGACGUAACACCAUCAUCUUCUACAUGAAGCUCAGGGGGAUCCUGAUGCACUGGAGGCUUGGCCACAAGGAUGACUCAGGAGACAAGAUGGUGCAUCUGGAAUUUGAGAAGCUGGAGGGCUUCCCAGAACUGGGAGUGAUAACAGAGCAGGCAGAGGGUGAGCUGGAUCGAGACGACAGACUAUGUUUACCACAAACUCAAGGAGACGCCUCCGACAUCGGACCCACCAUACCUCUGCCAUCACCUGAUCGACACCUGCAGCAUCAAAGACAGUUUGGUGAGAAUCGUCGAGUGCUGCAGGCCGUGAGGAUGCUGCUGGAGGAGUUUCGUGAGGAGCUGCGGGAGGAAGAGACUCGGCGAUGCCAACUGCAACAAUCGUACGCCAAUGACAAAGCCACCUGGGAGGUCAAGUGGGCAGAGAUGAAGUGCCAGGUUGCUCAGCUGGAGGAGGAGACACAAGGGAAGGUUCGAGGCGAAGCGCAGGGAGGUGAAGAUGAACCAGCCGGAGACCCCGAGUGGGCUUUGAAGCAGGAGCGUGAGGAGCAUCGCCGCUUGCUGGCUGAGAGCCACAACACGUCACUGGACCUCCGCUGGAAGCUGCAGCACGCCGAGAAGAGGUGGGGCCGUGAGAGGGUGGAGCUCCUGGAGCGCUUCGACCGAGAGCGACAAGAGUGGGGCAGCAGCAUGAGGGAACUCCACCGCAAGAUGGACAGGAUGCAGAGGGAGCUAAACACCAGGAGAGGUGAGAGCGUUGAUGCCAAAGAUGGCAGCUUGGCACACAGAGGGGUGUCCCCUCAGGGCAGUCCGUGCAAUGCCCCUCGAUCACCUCAUGCCCCUCGAUCUCCCUGUACAUCCACUCCUGCACCACUGCUCUCCACACGCUCCCACUCUGACUCUGAGGCCAUGCUGGAGGACCAGAGAGCUGCAAUGAAGCUGAAAGGCCCAACUGAAAACCUUUUCCUGGACGCACUGUCUCUAGACCCCCUCAGUGGUCUGGAGGUCCCCCUGCCCUCCAGACUGGAGAGUGAGAAGAGGUUCCCCUGCUUGAAGGAGGCCCUGAAUGAGAUUUCAGAGAGGGAAGGUGCUCCCGAUUACCCAGAGGAGGAGAUGAAGGGGGGUGGGAGUCUGCUCAGAGCCAAGUCUGUGUGCUCCAUGAGCGACUUCCAACGGCUGAUGGACAGUUCGCCUUUCCUCCCUGACAAGACGCGCCAGGAUGAUCAAGGCCAAGAUGACAUCACCCCGCCUCUUUCUCCAGACGACCUCAAGUACAUUGAGGAGUUCAACAGCAAGGGCUGGGAAUUCCCAUCAUCACCCUCUGGUCCACGUCCGCUCCGGGAAGUAUGGACAGACAAACCCAUUGAGGCCCGGGAAAUGGAGCCCAGUCCUGAUCCAUUCCAGCCAGCAACCUGGUUCCUCACCACCAGCGCCACCCUGACCACCAGCACCCUGAGCAGCCCAGAGCACUGCCACAAGUCCCCACUCAGGGGCAAUGGGGCAGGAGCAGCAGGGGUAGGUGUGGAGCACUAUGGGGUUCACAUCCUACACAGUCCCACCAGAUCAGGGGCAGCUGAGCGCACCACUGCCCAAGACCCAGACUACUUGUAUGCAAAGGGGACCAAAGCCAGAAGUGGAGCAGAGGCUGGGGUGGGAGCAAGUGGGCCAGAUGAGGUGUUCAACAAUCCAAGGUGGCCCUGUAUCCUGGAAGGUGGGGCACUAAGGACUUCUCCUAGUCAGUCUCCAAUCUGUCCUACAGUGGGCUAUGCAUCCUCUCUGGAGCUUCAACUCUCCAGAAACUUGAGUGAUGAUAUGAAGGAAGUGGCCAUCUCUGUCAGGAAUGCCAUCCGCUCACCGCCAGGCCCUGUGGUCCGCGACACCGCCUGCCAGACCAACGGAUUCACCACACGAGGCACUCAAACAACCCAGACCAUCAGUGUAGGCCUACAGACAGAUCUGCUGCGGAACCUGACCAGCAGCCCCCAUCGCUGCCUUACCCCAAAAGGUGGCAGCACACCAAUCUCAUCCCCAUCACGUAGCUUGAGGAAGGUUCAGUAUUCCCCGGUGGUCCAGAGCAAGUUUGAGCGACCUUGUUGCUCUCCGAAAUACGGCUCUCCUAAGCUUCAGCGCAAACUGUCCACAUCUAAUAAGACUGAGCUACCCAAUAACAACCGCGCUCCAACCCCCACCACGCCUCAGAAGGGCAACAACGAGUCGGCAUGGGCCCGCUCCACCACCACCCGCGACAGUCCCGUCCACACUACCAUCAACGACGGACUCUCCAGCCUCUUCAACAUCAUCGACCACACGCCAGUGGCAUUCGAGUCCCUGCAGAAGUUUAACAAGUCCCCCAGUCGCUCUCGCCCCACGCCACCUUCCACCACAGAGCCCAGCCCUGCUCACGGGGCCCUCGCCGUGGACCCCAGGAGCGUCCAAGAAUGUCUGCGGGCUGUCCGAGGACGCUCACCCAGCCCUGUGCAGCUGAUAGUGGAGACGCAGGGUGACAAAAACCCAGAGGUAGUGAGCAUACGGCAGGAUCUGUCUGCCCCUCCGGGAUACACACUGACUGAGAACGCAGCCCGCAUCCUCAAUAAGAAGCUGCAGGAGCAGAACUUUAGAGAGGAGAAGAGGCUGCAGGCAGGAGGACAGAGCACCCACAGCAGAGACAACAGCAGGCAGGCCGACUCAGACAGAGGACAGUCUGGAUGUAUGGAGGAUCUGCCUCGCUCUCCGGUGGCUCCACCCCUGGACUCCUGCUUCCUGCGACCGGCCCGCCCGGCCAACCGCCGACCCCCAUCUCGCUGGGCCGCUCGCUCCCCUUCCUCCUCCCCUAAGUGGAGCGAGGGCACAAAGAGGAGGUUCACCUUCCCGCCACCAGGACACCGGAAGCCCAUCCUGGAAGGCGAGGAACCGGCGUGAGGUUAUCCCCUACCUCCUUUUACCCUCCUCCAUUUCAGCCUAAAACGACCCAGUACCUCAGAAACCCCCCUCCCCCCCUUUCCCAGAACUAGAGACUCCCAAAGGAUGGAGCCUGAAAGGGGGGAGGGAUGAGAUCUACUAAGUAGCACCAGCUGACUAUCAAGGAACCAGAACUUCUUUUUGGAGGAACCUGGAAUGUACUGUAAAGUCAUUGACAUCGAGACAUAAUAAAAUUCCAUUUUCAUAAGAGGUGCCUGUACAUUUUAUUUAACCCCCCACCCCACAUAUAUAUGUGUAUAUGUAUUUAAUACACACACAUAUAUUUAUAUAUAUAUAUAUAUAUUAGCCACAAUUCUGAACCUUUUUCAGGUUAAACUAGGUCAGCUGUUGCACUUAUAUGAAGUUUACACUUUUUUUUCCCCUCAUCGUUUACAUUUUUCUUCUUUUUUUUCUUCAAAUCAGGGCACCCUUUAUUAUUAUUGGUUUGGUUUUUGAUUUUUUUUUUGCCAAUUUCUGAUGCUUCACUUUUCUGUUUAGUAACAAGAAGUGAAAUAACUACAAAAACAAAUGAAAAAGAUUAAAAAAAAAAAAAAAAAUCUGCUUCAUCUGGUCUGAAGUGGAGAUACAUGAUGUCAUUUCUGAUGCUAUUGUCCUUAAUUAUUUCUAUGUUGGGAUGAAUGUUUUUAUUUGUCGACAUGUAGAAGGUUGGUGGCAACAACCCGAAGAAAAUUAUGCAUAUUUGGAAGGCAGUUGUACGAAUAUCGGUCAAAUAUUUGCAUGCCUUUUGAACACUAGCACUUUAGUGCAUGUACGUACGAGUUCUAGUCAUAUGUGGUUGCUCAGCUCAGCCGUGGGGGAAAACCAAACUCAUCAUAAAGGGAACUCUCGAGCUGUUGUUUUUGUUGUUACAUGAUUUGCAUUGACUAAAAUAAGAACAGUUUUUAAGUGAAUUAUUGUACCUACCGGUCUUUGUUACUAUUGGAUAUGAAUAGCAUUUUUCUUUUGACAGAAAAAAAGGGGGAUUGUGGAAAUAAAGUUAUGAAUGUUUUAAACGAAAAGUCUGUCAAAAAGUCUAACGAUCUAUAGUCUAAAUAUUAAAAGGUAAUAAACAUGAAUGUGUAUUUACAA